UUACUUCUCUCUCUUUUUCAAACAAAAACACAUCGUUUCACACUAUUUGCACACCUAGCUAGCUCCGAAAUCCUAUGAAGAGGACUCGAGCAGAAGCUACAGAGAUUGAUAGCACAACCAUGGCAAAUUGGUUGGUGUUGCUAUCACAAGGAAGAGGGGCACCAAUUCCUGAUCAUCAUGUCAUGAUAAAGGAUCAGUCGCCUGGUCGUGUCUUCGAGUGCAGGACAUGUAACAGGCAAUUCCCUUCAUUUCAAGCAUUAGGAGGCCACCGCGCCAGCCACAAGAAGCCGAAGUUGAUGGGAGGAGAUAAUUUGGACGGGCGAUCAUCUCCGGCGAAGCCCAAAGUACACGAGUGCUCCAUAUGUGGUCUUGAGUUUGCUAUAGGGCAAGCCCUAGGUGGUCACAUGAGGAGGCACAGGGCAAUCUUGAAUGAAAACCAACAUCAUGCUCCGCCGAGAUUUACGCGUGUGGAGAAGGAAGUAGUGAAGAGAUCGGAGAAAGUUUUGCGGUUGGAUUUGAACUUGACUCCUUUGGAGAAUGAUUUACAGUUUUUUAAGGUUGGCAAGGCUGCUGCCUUGGUUGAUUGUUUCUUGUGGGCUUAACAUGUAAUAUUUUGGUCAUUUGACUAUACCUAGAAAGUGCUUCUUAGUUCUUUCUUACUUUUCUUAAUUUUAUUUUUAAGAGAGGUUGGUUUGUAUUUAUAUUUUUUGAUUUAUUGAUGUCAAUACAAUAAUAAAAUCCAUGCCAGGGUAUAGUUUUUAUUUUUC